AUGCUGUUGUCUGAUACACUGUUGCUUCCAAUAUGCGUCUCGCAGGAAAUCAUCGCAAUUCUCAUUAUUCUACUUUCUUCUGCAUUCUCACCAGUAUGGACUCAUAAUUCGUCGUUAUAUACUGUUUCGUCACAAAGUGCACCUUAUUGCUCAUUUUUCUCCAAUCGUGCACCAAGUCCUCAGCCAGCAUUGACAAACUGUACAUGGUUUCAAGAGAAUAGUUGUUGUCGAGAAAAUGAAGUUCGUCAUAUUUUCUCUCAGGUACGUCCAUUAAUUGGCUCUUCGGCUGAAUGCAGUCAAUUUCUAAAUAUUUUAAUGUGUUAUGUAUGUUCUCCAUUGCAAUAUCAUUUUUAUCGCAGUGAACGCUUACAUGUAUGUUCAUCCUAUUGUGAUCGAAUGUAUAAAGCAUGCGCAACAGCAUUGAUGAAAGGGAUACCUGUGGGUGAAUUAUAUGCAAACGGACGAGAGUUUUGUCUUUCACGUCGUUUUGAGAUCAGCGACAUCAGUAACUCUUCGUCUUGUUUCUCCGAUGAUUACGGCAGUGUUACAACGAAGCAGAUCAAAAAUAGCAAUAGCAAUCUCAGUUCAACGAACAUUGAACGACCUAACGUCAAUUGUCUUCCUUUGUCAAUUUUAUUUAUUACUAUUGUUUGGUAUUGUGUCAUACGUAUAUUUAUUCAUAUAUUUCGAGUCAGUAUUAUUUUUCUGAGAAACAAAAGAAAAACCUGGAAUGUCAAACGGAAACAAGUUUUGUAUUUAUAUUGA